CUCACUCCGGACCUGGCAGCCCUGACGCAGACAUCCUCGCGGUUGAGUUGCACUCGCCAGUGUCAAUCGGCUGAGUCAGGCGUCAGGCAUCCGCAGGAGCCAGCGAGCACAGCAGUCUCGUGUGGCGAGGUGCGAGGCCGUCCCUCGGAACGCGUAGCUCCCCGUCGCCGUACUCGCCGCCUGCGAGGACCUCUGGGGUGCCACCGCCUCCACGGACGUGAAGGAGAGCGAGCUCGUCUCCCAGAGGAGUACCAGAGAUCAACGAGUACACAAGGACAUCACGCAGCCGCCACGAUGGGGCGAGCGGAAGAGAAGGCCUUCGAGUGUGAAGAGUGCGGCAAGGCGAUCUCGACCCGUGCCAACCUGCGCGUUCACCUCCGAACGCACACGGGAGAGAGGCCGUACGAGUGUUCAUUGUGCGACAAGAAAUUCGUGACGAGCAGUAAACUUCAGACCCACCAGCGGACCCAUACGGGAGAGAGGCCGUACGAGUGUCCAGUGUGCGGCAAGAAAUUCGCGACGAGCAAUAACCUCCAGGCUCACCAGUUGAUCCACACGGGAGAGAAGCCUUUCGGGUGCUCAAUCUGUGAGAAGAAAUAUCAGCGCGAUUCCCAGCUCCGAGUUCACCUUAGAACCCAUACGGGAGAGAAGCCCUUCGAGUGUUCAGUGUGCGGCAAGAAAUUCGCGUACAGCAGUAACCUUCAGUCUCACCAGCGGACCCACACUGGAGACAGGCCUUUUGAGUGUAAUUAUUGCGACAAGAUAUUCGCGACGAGUGGUGGUCUGAACUCGCAUCUACUGGUGCACACGGGAGAAAAGCCACACGAGUGCACAGUGUGUAAAAAGAGGUUUGCACGCACAGGACAAUUAAAAAGUCAUGAACGCUGCCAUACAGGGGAGAAGCCUUUUCAGUGCAGUCUGUGCAAUAAGAAAUUUGGAACUAGUGUAAAGUUGCGUCUCCAUCUUCGUACUCACACAGGAGAGAAGCCAUUCGAGUGUGCCGAGUGCCAAAAGACAUUUUUGUGUAGCUCAGCUUUGCGUUCACAUACCCGUAUCCACACAGGAGAGAAACCAUAUCAGUGUAAAGUGUGCAGUAAAACAUUUGCGCACACAGCAAGUCUGCAGUUGCAUAGCCGGACGCACACCGGAGAGAAGCCAUACGCGUGUACCUUGUGCGAAAGGAAAUUUUCGCAAAGUGGGCAUCUGAAAGAUCACCAUCGAACUCACACUGGAGAGAAGCCCUUUGAAUGUACGGUCUGCGGCAAUAAAUUUGCAACCGAAAACGGUCUUCGAAUUCAUCUUCGUACCCACACGGGCGAGAAGCCGUUCGAGUGCGGUGUGUGCGAAAAGAAAUUUGGCGAUGGUCAAACACUGAAAUUUCAUCUCCUCACUCACACUGGGGAGAGGCCGUUCGAGUGUCCAGUGUGCAGCAAGAAAUUUACUCAAAGGGGUAACUUGCGCACGCAUCAGCGAAGGCACACGGGAGAAAAGCCGUAUGAGUGCUUCGAGUGCGACAAGAAGUUUGUGGAUCAUCGCGCUCUGGCUCAACACCGCCUUAUCCACACCAGAAAAAAGCCCUUCGAGUGCAACGUGUGCAGCAAGGGAUUUAAAACAGGCGCAAGGUUGGGCACACACCUCCGGGUUCACACCGGAGAGCGGAAGUAUGAGCGCACGGAGUGCAACGUCAAGUGUUUGCACGCUGGCGAUCUGAGGAGACAUCUCCGAACUCACACGGGAGAAAAGCCCUUCGAGUGCGCCGUGUGCCGCAACAAGUUUGCAACCAGGAGUGGGCUGAGCCUGCAACUCCGCACCCACGCGGGGGGUUAGCCGUUCAUGUGCACGGAGUGCGGCAAGACAUUCGUGGACCCGGGCAGCAUGAUGGCCCACCUUCGAAGGCAUUCAUUGUAAUGGUUACGCGCUGUUGAUUGUGCAGCGCUCUGAAAACGGUGUACAAUUUGACAUCUUGUGUUUUGCAGUGCUUGUUGUACGGUUAAAUUGUAUUCUAAACGAUAAAACGUU